CACACUGUGGUCGUCGCUUUCGUUCUAGUGACAGUUUACCAAAACAGCAAAUAUUUUCGAACGUGGAAACUUGCGGUCGACGUGCUCUUGAUGCGAUCAAAACAAAUCACCGGCAAAAAUGUGCAGAACUUUAUCGAGAAAAACCUACCGCCAGCACUACUUGUGACCGCCUAAUGACUAGUCGUUACUAGAACCCGCCAGCAAGCCGACACACAGUGUAUCUUCAACGAUGAAGCUGGUCCGAAAGAACGUCGACAAAACGGGUGAUGGGAGUGUUACCCUGGUGCCCGAAGAACCGGAGGAUAUGUGGCAUGCCUACAAUCUCAUUGCUGAAGGAGAUCAAAUUCGUAGCAGCACUAUUCGGAAGGUACAAAAUGAAUCCUCCACUGGCUCGUCUAGCAGCAGCCGCGUUCGAACGACACUAACGAUUAGCGUCGAAACGAUAUACUUCGACACGCAGGCUCAGGUGUUGCGCUUGAAGGGUCGCAACAUAGAGGAAAACCAAUUCGUAAAGAUGGGAGCAUACCAUACGAUUGAUCUCGAGCUGAACCGCGCUUUCACACUGAUGAAGCCAGAAUGGGACACAAUCGCGCUGGAACGCAUCGAAAUGGCUUGUGACGUUACACAGAAUGCGGACGUGGCCGCCGUGAUCAUGCAGGACGGGUUGGCCCAUGUCUGCCUAAUAACGGCCAGCAUGACGCUGGUACGGAGCAAGAUCGACGUUGCGAUUCCGCGUAAACGCAAGGGCAACGUUCAGCAGCACGAGAAGGGUUUGAACAAAUUCUACGAUGCCGUUAUGCAGGGUAUACUGCGGCACGUAAAUUUCGACGUGGUAAAGUGCAUUUUGAUCGCGUCACCCGGCUUUGUGAAGGAUCAGUUCUACGAGUAUAUGUUCCAGCAGGCUGUAAAGACUGACAACAAGGUGCUGAUAGAUAAUAAAAGUAAAUUUAUGCUGGUUCAUUCAUCCUCAGGAUUCAAGCACUCUCUGAAAGAGGUGCUCCAAGAUCCGGCCGUAAUCGUAAAAAUGUCCGACACAAAGGCAGCAGGCGAGGUGAAAGCGCUGGAAACUUUCUACACUACGUUGCAGCUCGAACCGGCGAAGGCUUUCUAUGGCAAAAAGCACGUGUGUAAAGCGGCCGACGCACAAGCCAUCGAAAUGUUGCUGAUUUCGGACAAUCUUUUCAGAUGUCAGGAUGUGGCCACACGCAAGGAAUACGUCCAGCUGGUGGAAUCGGUCCGUGAUUCAGGUGGUGAGGUUAAAAUAUUCUCCAGCAUGCACGUCUCCGGCGAACAACUCGCGCAGCUAACCGGUGUGGCGGCAAUCCUGCGCUUCCCUAUGCCAGAACUUGAGGAUAGCGAAGAUGAAGGUAGCGACGGUUCGGAUUCGGAUUGAAAAGGGAAUAGAUCGGGUUCCAAGUAGCGAAUGUCCUCUCCGUGUAAUGCCCAUGUGUAUGUAAUGGCUUAAUUGUUCGUAUUCAAGUAGAGUGUGAUUUGGCGAGAUCACAAUAUUGGCAUCAAUAGACUUAAGGGGUUUGUGUUUCCUAUUUUUUAAUGGCAGCGUCUGAAAUGGUUUCAAUAUCCUAACACUACUAUUUUUUAUCAACACAUUACAAGUAUUAUUUUGAAUUUGAAAGAGAAAAUCAUAAUUGCUGACUAUGGAGCAACUUCAGAGACGCAAGCAAUAUUAGCUAGGUAUUAUAUCCACUAGACGAAAACCUUUUUUUUCAUUAGGAUUCUAAAAAUUCUCUUAUGUAAAAGUACAUUUCGGUCCGAUCAAUAUAAAGCAGAAUAGACGCAUAUUGUUUUUUUUUCUCCUAUUUUUGCCAACCACGGAUACAAGUUACAAUAUAAGCCAAUGCACAACAACGCGCCUCAAAAUUGAAAACAUUCAAAAAACGGUGAAAACCCCAUUUAAAAACUCCAUACUACAACUAUUGAUAUUAUGCGCGUUACACAGCAAAAUGGGUGCAAAUCGUUGUAGCAUAUAUGUUAAGGGAAAUAAAAUUAAACACCGACCUCAGGAUAAUGGCUACGGAAUAUGGUUAUGAGAGCAAGUCUAUACUGUAAAUAAAGCUACCCGUUCCGAACUAAAUCGAAACACUACUCAAAAAGAUGAUAGUUAAAUGUUGCAGUCUAUUAAGCAAUGAAAAUGCAAACACUUUGUUAACACGUGCGCUUGAAAGAGAUCAUAAUUCCCAAACAAAAGAAAAAUUGAGUCCUAAUGUACACAGAUCCUCUCGCGCACACACACAGAGAAAACACAACAAUUUUAUAACGAUCAAUAGGUGGAAUUAAUUGCGAAACAAAAACCGAAUAUAUUUCGUCCAACUCCACCUAGGCUA